ACUGCCAAGGAACCGGUCGUCAUGCUGAGGAACAGCGCGAACAGAAACAUGCAUCAAGGAGAGGAGGUGAGGCUGCGCAGCGGGAGUCUGGCUCGGGAGAGAAAGCACCUUGCUUUGUGCAUCAAUAACAAGGAAGAAGUGAAGAGUUAUCAUCGCUGCUGCAGCCACAGUGGAGGGCCAGCACUUCAGAAGAUUGAGAGAAGCGAGGAGGACAACAAAAGCUUGUAUCUCCGAGAGCAGCAGCAGCACUUGGAGAUAAAGGCGACCAUCAUCCAGCGGGCCUGGCGAGCUAGUCUGUCCCGUAAAGUCAACCCCGAGGUCCAAGAGGAGAAUCGCACCAGACAUGAAUGGAAAGAGCCCAGGACCUUAGAGAGCCUCCACAACUCUGCGGUGACUUCAGAUAUUUUUCCGGACCAGCUAAAGAGCCUCCAGGGGGGUUACAAGCACGUCAGUGAUGAAGCUCUUCAGCUACAAAGUAAUCAACUGACAAUGGAUCUAGACAACAACAUCAAUAUCAACCUGCCUCCUAUGGACACCAAGGCUUUGAUUAUCCAGCGGGCUUGGCGAGACUUUCUGCAGAGACAGGAGGUGGAGAAAAGGAGCCCCUCUCCACCUUCCCUCUCCUCCUCUGAGAAGAUGAGCAUGUCAAUCAGCAUGAUGACCCUGUCAGAUGGCAGCACCCCUGAUUAUCGGGAGGAUGGUAUGGACCUGGGGAGUGAUGCAUCCAGUCGCUCCAGCUCAGAGUCCAACUCCAACAAGGUUACACCUUGCUCUCCUUCUCUUGAUCUCGGAAAUCUGGAGGACUACAAAUCCUCCCCCUCUCCAGAUCUGGGCACUCUAGAUGACUAUGAGGAGGAUGAGGACUACCAGGAGUACAAAAAGAAGGUGAUAGAGGAGUGGGAAAGCGAAUAUGGAGAGGACGACACGUCUCCACAGCCUCCUGGUCAGGAAGAAAGCACACAGGGUGUAGUGAGCGGUAGUGGCCUUGAAGAAGGCUACAGGAAGGUGGUGAAUGCUCGCAGUCUUGCAGAGGAAUUUCAGGAUGUAAAGACCAUCCCUCCCCUACCGGCCCCAGGAGGACGGAGCACAGCUUCUGUGCCAGCUGUCCCACAAGAACUGAAACAGAACGGGAAUCUGAUUUUGCCCCAGAGUAACCAGCUCCACUCCUCUAACCUGGCCGAGGGAGGAACAGACACUUCCAAAACAAGCCACCGCACCCCAAGUCAGGGCAGGGGGAGCCGCAGCAGUGUCCGGGGUGGUGGAGGAGGAGGAAGUGGAGGAACUGGUGCUCUGAUGCGGGGGUACAGAGAGGAAGAGGAAAGGGAAGAGGAGGAACCCCUGCCCACAAUGGAUUGGGCAGCCCUGGAGCGGCACCUGGCUGGUCUGCAGUGCAGAGAGCAAGAGAACCAAAACCUAAACCACAACCAGAACCACAACAUGGGCAAGACCAACUACACCUCGGCCCAGAAGAAUGAGAGGGAAUCGAUCAGGCAGAAGUUGGCCCUGGGCAGUUUCUUCGAUGAUGGCCCGGGUAUCUACACAAGCUGCAGCAAGAGCGGUAAACCCAGCCUGUCUUCACGGCUGCAGAGUGGCAUGAACCUACAAAUCUGUUUUGUCAAUGAUAGCGGCAGUGACAAAGACAGCGAUGCGGAUGACAGCAAGACGGAAACUAGUCUGGACACACCUCUGUCCCCCAUGUCCAAGCAGAGCUCGUCCUACUCAGACAGAGACACCACUGAGGAUGACUCAGAGUCCCUGGAGGACAUGGACUUUUUGAGUCGACAGAAGAAGCUGCAGCAGGAGGCAAAGCUAGCUCUGGCGAUGGCCAAGCCUAUGGCCAAGAUGCAGGUGGAGGUGGAGAAACAGAACCGUAAAAAGUCACCAGUGGCGGACCUGCUUCCACACAUGCCUCACAUAAGUGAGUGUCUAAUGAAACGAAGUCUGAAACCCACCGACUUGAGAGACAUGACACUGGGGCAGCUUCAGGUUAUAGUCAAUGACCUCCACUCCCAGAUUGAGAGUCUGAAUGAGGAGCUUGUACAGUUGCUACUGAUUCGAGAUGAAUUACACAUGGAGCAAGAUGCAAUGCUGGUUGACAUUGAGGACCUCACCAGGCAUGCAGAGAGCCAGCAGAAACAUUUGGCUGAGAGGACCCUAGCCAAAUAAGAUGCCCGUCCCAUCUCAUCCCGUCCUGCUCUGAUCCGUUGCCCCUUUGUGAACUUUAACCCUGAUCCUAAACAAACUUUCCCUAUCUGGCUCAUUUUCUCUGCUCCCUGUGUCUAUCCAAAACCUCCUUGCCUGUCAAAAGUACUUUCUCCUCUUCCCUUCUUCCCCCACUUCCUGAUGCUUACCCUCCUGCCAACUCACUGACUUCACUGGUAGCAACAGCACAGAAGAAAAGACACUUUCUUUAAAUGGCUUCUCCCAGCAUUGAAGGACGGAGCAGUGCUUCCUACUUCCUGGGGAAGAGGGAAACUGAUUGUGUGUUGUCAUAGAUUCUUUCCACCAGGCUUCCUGUGCAGUAAUCGGCCUUGCUUUGCUACUGUUUCUUUUCAACUUUCUACAUUUGCCACUAAAUUGUAACUGUUCAAAUGCAACAAAAAAAAAAAUGUGGAAAAAAUAAAAAACAAUAGUUAAAACUUUAGUAGAAAGUCAGUCCUGAAAAGAAAAAAAAAGGAAAAUACUGUAUGAAAAUAAAACUUAAAACUAACUUCUUCAGAUGAUUUUAAAUUGGACUCAAAGUUGAACUGUUUUUAUUCUGCACAAAUGGUAGUUUUCAACUGAGAAAUGUUUGUCCGAAAGUGUAAAGGAAACAUGCCUGCUUUGUAGUGGAGUUGUAGACUUUGGUUGUACGUUCACUCUGAAUUGCUCUAUCAGCAUUUUGUGAAUGUUGAAUCUUUCUGACACAAGUCAUUUCAAAUGAUUAAGUGUGUUAAUAUGAUUUUCACCCUGCUGUAUUCAGAUGCUUUAUUUGAGGGAAGAAAUGUUUAUGUACAGAUAUGUAAAAUAAAGAAUAAACUUGGUUUCGUAUUUGUUGGCCUGUGCA